AUGGCCUCAAGCAUCCUUAGCAAACAAAAGCCUUAUGAUUCAUCUUGGACUCCAAAACAGAACAAGCUGUUUGAAAAGGCACUUGCAAAAUAUGACAAGGAUACCCCUGAACGUUGGCUCAAUGUAGCCAAAGCAGUUGGUGGUAAAUCAGCUGAGGAAGUUAAGAGACAUUAUGAGAUACUUUUGGAGGAUCUCAGACACAUAGAGUCUGGCCAUGUUCCCAUUCCCAAUUACAAAUCCACUGCAAGAAGCUAG